AUGUCCGACGAGCACAAGUGCAGCGCCACCUCCACUCCUCACAAGGACGAGCACCAGCACCAUGGCACCAAGACGAGCCCGGUUCUCGCGCCCGGAACUCACGGAGGUGACGACCACUCGCACGACCACGACGAGAAGCACUGCGACAAGGAGGGCCAUGAUCACGCCAAGGCCCACACUCAUGCUCGCCAGGGACACGCCGCCCACCCCGACAACCACAAGGAGGACCAUCAU